UAGUAAGAUUUAUUUUCGAGCUUAUAUCAAUCAGACAAUAUCGUAGGCACGACUGUAUAUACUGUUGAGAUUUAACUAUAGAAAUCAAUGCUCUUAUGGUGUGGUUAGUGCCAAAUUAUUGUUUAAAUAGUAUAGGCCGUAUAUAGUUUCUACUUGUCAAAGUUGUGAAGAAAAUUUUCAACUUCGGUUUUUAUUAUAGUGUAUGUUAUGCAUACUGAUGUGAUAAUGUCAGAUGCAGUAAUAUAAACUUGAUAUAAAUAAGCAGGAAAUACCGUUUUGCGUUACUCUAUAAUAAACAAUGUUAAUUUAAUUUGUUUAAUUUACAUUGAUACAGGAAGAGUAAUUAAGAAGCUAACGUAAGCAUCUUCGAAUAUUCAUUGAAGGUUGAGUAGAACACAUCGUUUUUUGAAUAUAAACAACAAAAAUGAAUAGAUCUUUAAACAUUUCAAACGGUACUUUCGAUGCAGCCGCUUACCUUGUUAUCAAAUUGGGUGAUAGGUAUGUCAAUACGGAACAACUUGUUGUGCUCAAUAUUAUAUAUAUUGGAAUAUUUAUAUCUGGGAUGUUUGGAAAUGUUUGCACCUGCAUUGUGAUUGCAAGUAAUCGUAAUAUGCAUACAGCGACGAAUUAUUAUCUGGUUAGUUUGGCAGUUUCGGAUCUAAUGACACUGAUAAUAGCAUGGCCAUCAGAAUUGUACAGCAUCUGGGAAGCCUAUCCAUGGAGGUUCGGAAAAGAAUUUUGUGUCUUGAAAUCAUACAUCCAGGAAAUUACUGCAUAUGCUUCCGUUCUCACUAUCACUGCUUUCACAAUGGAGAGAUAUGCUGCAAUCUGUCAUCCAAUGAGAUUUCAGAGUUUUUCAAACUUGUCGAGGUCAAUCAAGGUCAUCAUUACUGUUUGGAUUGUUGCUUUCUGUUGCGCAUUGCCAUAUGCUCUUUAUGGAAAAGUUUUCUAUGCGGUGAUUGAUCCCAACACUGGCCAACUUUUGGAAAAUUCGUUGGUCUGUAACAUUCCGUAUGAAUUACAUGAUAAAAUGAGAUAUAUGUUUCAAGUGUCGGCGUUUGUUUUCUUUUUGUUGCCGAUGACAAUCAUUCUUGUGAUGUACCUCUUGAUUGGAAUCACUCUUUGUCGCUCAGACAUGGUUCUAGAUAAUAAAAGUAUAGCAAAGUCAUCAACAGCUGCAGACCCGGUAAAAUCUAGAAAAUCAGUUUUGAAAAUGUUAGUUGCAGUGGUAAUAGCGUUUUUCUUGUGCUGGGCACCAUUUCACUCACAAAGAUUAAUGACGUUGUACGUAGAGCUGUGGACACCUGAAUUACACAACACACAAACAACAUUAUUCUACAUUUCAGGAGUUUUGUACUUUGUGAGUGCAACUGUAAACCCUAUAUUGUACAACCUGAUGUCAAAGAGAUUUAGACAAGCAUUUAAAAGAACAUUAUGUAAAUGUUGUAAGAAAGAUAGCAGUUCGGAUGUGAAUCUCUUUGGAAAUGGUACACAUAAAGAUUCCUCAUCACAUUACGCCUACGGUAGAAUAUCACGUCACGGAAUAAUUCAUCAAUCCACCACUAUUAAGGAUACCUCCCUGGCUGACAUGACUGUAUAAGAAUUAAGUAAUAGAAAGAGACGUUUUAGUUAAAAUUCGUUUCGGAGACACGUGCUCAGUAGCUUAGAUGUAAACAAAACGCAAUAGAGCUAUUACGUUAAUUCUAUUGUUUUGAAUACCGAUUGUUUUCGCUGCACUAAUUCUUUACAGAAGUCGUAUUUUCCAAAUGACCGGUGUAUGAUUGUACAGUGUUGGAGACUAGACAUUGUUAUUGUGUUCAUUGAUAUAAACAAUAGAAACUUUGCGACAAUUAGAAUGAUGCUAAGCAGCCCAAAUCAACGAGAAUAUCCUCAUUAUACAACAGUUUUUACAUAAAUGUUCAUUUAUGAAAUUAAAAAAGUAAUC